CGGGACUUCCGGCGCUGAGUGACAGCGGCCCUGCAGCUGUGGUGCGGACGGGCGCGGCGGCCCGGCGCGAUGAUGGAGAUCCAGAUGGACGAGAGCGGCGUGGCCGUGUACCAGGAUGACUACGGCCCCGGCUCGGUGAUGUCGGAGCGCGUGUCGGGCCUGGCCGGUUCCAUUUACCGCGAGUUUGAGCGGCUGAUCCGCUGCUACGAUGAGGAGGUGGUCAAGGAGCUGAUGCCGCUGGUGGUGACGGUGCUGGAGAACCUGGACGCCGUGCUGGGCGAGAACCAGGAGCACGAGGUGGAGCUGGAGCUGCUGCGCGAGGACAACGAGCAGCUGCUCACCCAGUACGAGCGCGAGAAGGCGCUGCGCAAGCAGGCGGAGGAGAAGUUCAUCGAGUUUGAAGAUGCCUUGGAGCAGGAGAAGAAGGAGCUGCAGGUGCAGGUGGAGCACUACGAGCUGCAGACGCGCCAGCUGGAGCUCAAGGCCAAGAACUACGCUGACCAGAUCUCCAGGCUGGAAGAGCGGGAGGCGGAGAUGAAGAAGGAAUACAACGCCCUGCACCAGCGCCACACCGAGAUGAUCCAGACCUACGUGGAACACAUUGAGCGCUCCAAGAUGCAGCAAGUCGGGGGCAACAGCCAGACAGAGAGCAGCCUGCCGGGGCGGAGCAGGAAGGAGCGCCCCACCUCUCUGAACGUCUUCCCCCUGGCUGACGGCAUGGUACGUGCACAGAUGGGGGGCCAGCUCGUGCCUGCGGGGGACCACUGGCACCUGAGUGACCUCGGCCAGCUGCAGUUCAGCUCCAGCUACCAGGGCCCCAAUGACGAGAUGUCCGAGUCGGGUCAGUCCUCGGCGGCUGCCACCCCCAGCACCACAGGCACCAAGUCCAACACGCCCACGUCCUCCGUGCCCUCAGCGGCCGUCACACCCUUGAAUGAGUGCCUGCAGCCCCCGGGGGACUACGCCGGGGGCCCCAAGAAUGGCAGACGCGCCCGAGAGAAGCGCAACAGCCGCAACAUGGAGGUGCAGGUCACGCAGGAGAUGCGCAACGUCAGCAUCGGCAUGGGCAGCAGUGACGAGUGGUCCGAUGUCCAGGACAUCAUCGACUCCACCCCGGAGCUGGAUGUGGUCCGGGAGCCCCGGCUGGACCGCACAGGCAACAGCCCCACCCAGGGCAUCGUCAACAAGGCCUUUGGCAUCAACACUGACUCCUUGUACCACGAGCUGUCCACUGCGGGCUCCGAGGUCAUCGGGGACGUGGAUGAGGGUGCUGACCUUCUGGGGGAGUUCUCAGUGCGCGAUGACUUCUUUGGGAUGGGCAAGGAGGUGGGGAACCUGCUUCUGGAGAACUCGCAGCUGCUGGAGACCAAAAACGCUCUGAACGUGGUCAAGAACGACCUCAUAGCCAAGGUGGACCAGCUGUCAGGGGAGCAGGAGGUGCUGAAGGGGGACCUGGAGGCCGCCCGGCAGGCCAAACUCAGGCUGGAGAGCCGGAUUAAGGACUUGGAGGAGGAGCUGCGGCGAGUGAAGUCGGAGGCCAUCACAGCCCGCCGGGAGCCCAAGGAGGAGGUGGAGGACGUGAGCAGCUCCCUCUGCACAGAGCUGGACAAGAUCCCCAUGGCCCAGCGCCGCCGCUUCACGCGAGUGGAGAUGGCCCGCGUGCUCAUGGAGCGCAACCAGUACAAGGAGCGGCUGAUGGAGCUGCAGGAGGCCGUGCGCUGGACUGAGAUGAUCAGAGCCUCCCGGGAGCACCCAUCUGUGCAGGAGAAGAAGAAGUCCACCAUCUGGCAGUUCUUCAGCCGCCUGUUCAGCUCCUCCUCGAGCCCGCCCCCCGCCAAGCGCUCCUACCCCUCGGUGAACAUCCACUACAAGUCGCCCACCACGGCCGGCUUCAGCCAGCGCCGCAACCACGCCAUGUGCCAGAUCGCAGGCAGCCGGCCCCUGGAGUUCUUCCCAGACGACGACUGCACGUCCUCUGCGCGGCGGGAGCAGAAACGCGAGCAGUACCGGCAGGUGCGCGAACACGUGCGCAAUGACGACGGGCGGCUGCAGGCCUGUGGCUGGAGCCUGCCGGCCAAGUAUAAGCAGCUGAGCCCCAAUGGGGGCCAGGAGGACACAAGGAUGAAGAACGUGCCAGUCCCGGUGUACUGCCGCCCACUGGUGGAGAAGGACCCCACCAUGAAGCUGUGGUGUGCAGCGGGUGUGAACCUGAGUGGGUGGCGGCCCAUCGAAGAGGACCCAGCGGCCACCGUGAAGUCGGUGCCGGGCCGCGACCCUCUGACUUGCGACCGAGAAGCAGAAGGGGAGCCCAAGAGCAGCCAUACAUCCCCCGAGAAGAAGGUGAAGGAGCUGGUGGAGGCAGACGCCACGUGCAGCCGUGUGUGGGUCCUCACCAGCACCCUGACCACCAGCAAGGUGGUCAUCAUCGAUGCCAACCAGCCAGGCACCGUGGUGGACCAGUUCACCGUCUGCAAUGCCCAUGUCUUAUGCAUCUCCAGCAUCCCUGCGGCCAGCGACAGCGAUUACCCUCCCGGGGAGAUCUUCCUGGACAGCGACGUGAACCCCGAGGACUCAGGUGCCGAUGGCGUGCUGGCGGGCAUCACCCUGGUGGGCUGCGCCACCCGCUGCAACGUGCCCCGCAGUAACUGCUCCUCCCGAGGGGAUACGCCCGUGCUGGAUAAGAGCAGGGGGGAGGUGGCUGCAGUCGCCAACGGGAAAGUCAACCCAGCCCAGUCCACCGAGGAGGCCACGGAGGCCACUGAGGUGCCCGACUCUGGGUCAAGUGAGGCUGACACGGCAGCUGUGCGGCCUGGGCCCCUCACGGAGCACGUCUUCACCGACCCAACCCCUACACCGACGCCCAGCGCCCCGCCUGGCAGCGAGCCAGAGGUGGAGAUGAGCGGUGCGCCCCCCGAGCAGGAGCCCAGCGCAGAGCCGGCAGGGCCCUGCAGCAGCGCGGCACCCACCAUGUGGCUGGGAGCCCAGAAUGGCUGGCUCUAUGUGCACUCGGCCGUGGCCAACUGGAACAAGUGUCUGCACUCCAUCAAGCUGAAGGACUCUGUGCUGAGCCUGGUGCACGUCAAGGGGCGAGUGCUGGUGGCCCUGGCAGAUGGCACUCUGGCCAUCUUCCACCGAGGCGAGGAUGGCCAGUGGGACCUGAGCAAUUACCACCUGAUGGACCUGGGCCACCCACACCACUCCAUCCGCUGCAUGGCUGUGGUGUACGACCGCGUGUGGUGCGGUUACAAGAACAAGGUGCACGUCAUCCAGCCCAAGACCAUGCAGAUAGAGAAGUCGUUUGACGCGCACCCUCGGCGGGAGAGCCAGGUGCGGCAGCUGGCGUGGAUCGGCGACGGGGUAUGGGUGUCCAUCCGCCUGGACUCUACCCUGCGGCUCUACCACGCGCACACGCAUCAGCACCUGCAGGACGUGGACAUCGAGCCCUACGUCAGCAAGAUGCUGGGCACGGGCAAGCUGGGCUUCUCCUUCGUGCGCAUCACAGCCCUGCUCAUAGCGGGCAACCGCCUUUGGGUGGGCACUGGCAACGGCGUGGUCAUCUCCAUCCCACUGACGGAGACCGUGGUCCUGCACCGAGGCCAGCUCCUGGGGCUCAGAGCCAACAAGACCUCACCCACGUCUGGGGAGGGGGCCCGCCCAGGCGGCGUCAUCCACGUGUACGGCGACGACCCAAGCGACAAGUCGGCCAGCAGCUUCAUCCCCUACUGCUCCAUGGCCCAGGCCCAGCUCUGCUUCCACGGGCACCGAGAUGCCGUCAAGUUCUUCGUCUCAGUGCCAGGGAACGUGCUGGCCACGCUCAAUGGCAGUGUCCUGGACAGCCCCUCCGAGGGCCCGGGGCCAGCCGCCCCCGCCUCCGACCCCGAGAGCCAGAAGCUGAAGAGCGCGCUGGUGCUGAGCGGCGGCGAGGGCUACAUCGACUUCCGCAUAGGUGACGGCGAGGAUGACGAGGCGGAGGAGAGUGUGGGGGACAUCGGCCAGGUGAAGCCGGUGCUGUCCAAGGCUGAGCGCAGCCAUAUCAUCGUGUGGCAGGUGUCCUACGCCCCGGAGUGAGCCCCACCCGCACCGUGUACAUAGGCCCUCAUGCCCCUCUAACCUCUCAACUUCAGCUUUCACCUGAGGGCCUCCGCCUGCCGGCAGGGAGGGGAAAACAGGCUAGCGGUCGCUCUGGGGAGGGUGACUUAGUAGUGGCUCCUGGCCGGCGCCAGCCCCUGAAGGGGCUUCCCACCCCACUCAUCCAGGACCCCCACUCACAGGCAGGACAGACUUUACCCCAUCUUCCUUCCAGACCCCAUGUCUUUGCCUACUGCCCUGGGGGUGCCCCCAGUCCACUGCCCAGGGAACUGGCAUGAUAGCACGUACCCAUCUCCUCAGGGCAGCUGCUCAGAACAGGUGCCCACCCUGCUUGAGCCCCGUAACCGUCCUGUGUGUGGCGGGCUGCACUGCCUUCCCCUCACUGACUCAUACCCCUGGCUCUCUGGCCAGAAGGCCCACCCUCAGAACAGGAAGAGUCCUGUCCUCCCAGAAGCAGCUGGGUGGGCUAUCUCAGGCCUCAGGAAGAAGGGGAGGCCCCAACUCUCGGGGCAAGUCCUCAGGUGUCGGGGGGAGGUGGGCUGUGGGGCCUGCCUCCCAUCUGGAGGAGCCAGCUCCCAAGUGCCUCAGGCCGGCGGGGUGGCCUGCUCCCUUCGGGCUGAGGACAGGAGCCCGCCUGCUUUGAGGGGGCCGCCCUGGACAGCAAGCCCCCCUGCCCAGGCCUUAUCCUGCAGCUCGGGGCAUCCACCCCCUCCCACCAGACAAGCACAGAACUUGGGUAGCCACCCCCCAGCCCAGUCGACCACCGCUGCAGCCCCACCCUCGCCACUGUGAUGUCUGUCUCCUCUGUCCCCACUGGGUCGGGAAGUGACUGGGCCUAGCCAGGUGCGUGCAGCUGGGGGAGGGCUAGGUGAUGACCCUUCUGGCUUUGGCCCCGAAUGUGAACCCAUGUAUCUGCUGUGUAUGUAAUAAACGUCUUAGCCCGGGAA